UUCGCUGUUUUAGGUUAGAUAGAUCCAGCGAAGACUAUAUAUAAGGGGCGCGGACACAGUCGAGGAAUGUGCAGCAUAAAACUCAGAAGCCAUUUUGUGAUGUGCCCGUUGAGAAAGCCUAUGAAGAUGCUGAAACCAGCGAACAUGGUUACAUUUCUGUCUGUUUCUCCCUCCGCCUCCUCUGUCUCACCAUGGCAGCUGUCAACCGACGGGACACUAGCAAAGCGGGGUGUCGAGCUGUGCUCACAGGGUUAAAACGCCAUUGAUAUGAAAGAGGAGAAUGUCUUGUUUACUGUCUCUUCUGUCGAGACAUGUAACACCGUGAGUCUUUUCCAGUCUGAAAUCUUCCAUCGUCUCUCACAAACCAACGCCUCCUUGGGUGACUUGUGUUAAAUUCACUCCUUGUACCGGGGAGAAAGGGAGGCAGAUCCGUGUUUCCAAUGGCUUCUGUGAGCCUGGUUUCCAGUCCCCCAGCCCCUGUUCUUGACAAAAACAUGACAGACUCUGAGCUUGCAGGGGAUGAAAGGGAGGACGGCGAAUUGGAAGAUGGAGAAAUAGACGACGAGGGGAUUGAAAUCGAAGAGGAGAACAAAGAGGUCGCUGAGGUGAAGGAGGACAAUGAGAAAGAGAAGGAAAAAGAAAAGGAAAAGGGCAAAGAGAAAGAAGAGAAGACACGCAGACACUCCAGGAAGCGGUAUAAGAAGACCAAAGAGAAGAGACGAUCUAAAAGACGGAGACGAGACAGACAGAGGCAUCAUUCCCCCUCCAGCACCUCCAGUUCCGACAGUUACGACUCGGACUACGACCGCCCCGACCGGCCCCAGAACAGGAAGAGUCAGGGGUACGGUCGUGAGUCUGACCUCCAGUCCUCUCAGCACUCCAAAAAAGUUCACGGCAGCUUCAGAAAGUCAUCGCCGCAAAAGAGCAGCGACUUCGACAAAUACAGCGACGACUACAGCGACGACUACAGCGACAAGUACGACUACGAGGAGGAGGAGGACGAUUACGAGGACAUGUCUGAGUAUCAACACUCGAAAGACUCAAGUCAGGGGAAAGGGCGCCACUCGAAAGACCAGAUGAGCCGAGGAGGCAUGAGGGGGAUGAAGCACCAGCAGUUUGGGAUGAGAGGAAGGGGCAGAGGGAGCGGACCAGGAAGAGGACGUGGGAUGCUCAACAAGAUGAAGAAGCUCAAGGGCAAACCUUGGGUGACGGGACGUGGGCGGGGUCGAGGAGGAGACCUGGGAGGGGAGGACAUGGGACACGACGAGGAGAACGCCCGUGAGGACGAGCUGGAGCUGGAGUACUUGAGGAAACAGGGUAUCGCCCCUCUCCCCAAACCWCCUCCUGGAGUGGGGUUGCUGCCCACUCCCGGUCAGAGCAGCCCGACKGAUGGAAGCAAGAAGAUCCCCUCUCUGUUUGAGAUCAAGGUUCAACCUACUGUAGACCUGGCACACAAAAUCGCUCUGAGCGGCUCCAGCUACUCGCAGAACGAAGGCGAAGAAACGGAGCAGUUCAGCGGAGACGCGGAGGACGCGCAAACCGGAGCUGCUGCGCCCUCGGUUCCCCCUUCUCAGAUUCCCCCCUCUGAAUCACCCAUUCUUAUGGGACCGCCCAUGCCUCAGAGUCCCCCGGGACAGCACCCACCUCAUGGAUAUCCAAUGCAGCCCCAAGCUCCCUCUGGUCAACCCUCACCGUUUCACGGCUCUAAUAUCAACCAGCAGAUGAACAUGCAGAGGCCUCCGUUCCCUCCAGAGCUACAGAUGUUGCAGAAUAUGUUACCUUUUCAGUCUAUGGGUCAGAACCCGGUGGAGUUCUUUAACAACUUUGUACAAAAUCAGUCCACCAGUCAACAAGGGGAUCCUGCUCUGGCCUUUGUACAGCAGUUGGAUGCAGAGUCCCAGUUAAAGUCUUUGCCUGCAGAGGUGCAGAAAGCCAUCUUCCUUCACCUAACACAYCAGCAGCAAGAAUCACAGGAGAAAGAGUCUCAUAGAGCAGAAAGCCACGAUGAGAACAGUGAAAACAAAGAUGAAACUACAAACUGGUACUCAAGUGACGAAGAGGACGGGAGCUCCUGUGUUUCCUCCAUCCUUAAGUCUCUAAAGAAGCACAGCGAGAUGCAGCAGAGUCAGUCGAAGCCCCUGCAGGUGGUGCCGGGGGCUCCACUGAGUGACCCUCGGCUUCUCAAAGCCCCGCCGUUUGACCCGCGAGUGAAGCCAGAGCCUAGACAGCGACUGCCGGAUGUCAAUAAGGAGUCGGACGGUGCUGCGGAUCCGCGGUUCUCCAGAGAUCCCAGGAAGAUGAGAGCACCCGAGUUGGGUUCCUAUCGCCAGCUGGGCCACCCGGUUCCACAAAAGCCUCCGACCGGAGAGGAGGAGGACGAGGGAGAGAGGGAGCUCCGGGACAGAACUGUUCUGAUCCCGUUGGACGCCAGCCCCGGCGCAGUGCUGCGGGACCCUCGUUGCCAGUUGAAGCAGUUUAGUCACAUCCGGGUGGACAUCCUGCUCCAGAGACCCACCUUUGCCCAGACGGUGGUYUGGGCCCCUGAGGAUCUCAUUCCCUCCCUCGUCCCCAAACAGGAGCACUCCAUCAARCUGCCUCUCCCACCUCUGAUUGCCGAUGCUCAGAUGAACCGAUCAAACCUGCCCGACCACCUGACGGCUUCCAGCCCUCCACCGUCGGACCCCAGACUGACGGGGGCCCGUUUGAAGGAGCGUUUGAGUCGUUUCCCCUCUGGAUCCCUGGAGUCUCGAUCCUCCACAGAAAGACCCGUAGACCCCCGCCAGCAGAAGUCUCUUGACCCCAGACUGAAGCGUAGAGGGAGUCUGGACUCCAAGCUGCUGGGUCAGAAAGAGCCCCCYUCGGGCGGAGGGCUGGUGGAUCCCAGACUACAGAAAGCCAACACCAGCUCGUCUCCUCAAGCUGCCCAAGGCAAGCUGGAGCCUGAGAAAUUGCCCCCAUAUGCCCCCCGACUGGCUUCUUCUGACGGAGGUCUGGAGAGCCCCACUACAAUACUCGGGGGCAUCAGUCUGUACGAUCCUCGCUCUCAAACUGAGCAGAAGGAGCAGGCAGAGCCUCCGAAAAAGGCGGGGAUCCUGAAACAGCCGUCUAAAACCGAGAGCUCUCCCGCCGCCUCGCUUUCACCGACUAAACAAAGCGCCUCUUCUGAAGACGCCAAAAGCACAGACGUCUCCUCACAUCAGACUCCUCCUGCUUCCCCCACAGUGGCCCCUGCCUCGCCCGUCAAACCCCCRGCAGUCCAUAACCUCCCCAUCCCAGCGCUGGCCGGGCUGAUCCGACCCCAGUACUCGGACCCCAGGCAGGCCAAACAAGGAGGACAAGCUGGCUCUGCUGGAGCGCAGGAAGAAACGGAGGUGAAACAGGAGCCGGAAAGGYAGGUGGAGGAGGAGGGGGAAGCGAAGGAGGAAGAACCGAAACCGAAAGAGCUAGAGGAGGCCGAUGACCGGACACUUAAAGACGUGUUCAAGACUUUUGAUCCCACUGCUUCUCCUUUCUGUCAGUAAACCAGAGCUAAACUCAGA